AUGGCUUCUUUGUCGUCGUCCUCGUCAUCAACAAUGCAACAAAACCCGGACGGUUUCGCACAAAUCGACCUCUUCUCGCCGUCCAAAAUCAACUUAUUCCUCCGAAUCGUCCGGAGAAGGGAAGACGGGUACCACGAUUUAGCCUCGUUAUUCCACGUCAUCGAUUUAGGCGACGAGAUGUCCUUCGCGAAGAGCUCCUCGGAGACGAAAGAUACUCUGGUGUGCGAAGACGCGUCGAUUCCGUUGGACGAGUCGAACUUAGUGAUUAAAGCUUUGAACUUGUUUCGAGCGAAAACUGGAAUAAAGCAGUACUUUUGGGUGGAGUUGAAGAAGACGGUACCGUCCGGGGCAGGGUUAGGAGGGGGAUCUGGGAACGCAGCGACGGCGUUGUAUGCCGCGAACAAGCUGUGCGGGGACGUCGCGACCGAGGAAGAGUUGCUGGAAUGGUCCGGGGAUAUCGGGAGCGAUAUUUCGGUAUUUUUUAGCACCGGGGCGGCGUAUUGCACCGGGAGAGGAGAGAUUGUGGAAGACGUGGAACCACCGCUUCCGUUGACGACGAAGAUGUGUUUGGUGAAACCGUCGAUUGGGUUGAGCACGCCGACGAUUUUCAAGGCGUUGGAUUUAGACAAGAGAUCGAAAGCGGAGCCGCUGGAUUUGCUGAAAUCUCUAAACGCGGACGGGUGCACGUACGAAAACGCGAUCAACGAUUUAGAAAGGCCGGCGUUUUCCAAGUUGCCCGAGUUGGGCGAGUUGAAGGAUAAAUUAAUCGACGCGACGAAAGAGGACGGGGCAGUCGUGUUCAUGUCCGGAAGCGGAUCGACGAUUGUUUUGUUGGGAACAGAUACGGUGCCAAAAUUCGCGAUGGAGGAUGACGAUUUGUUCAAAUCGAAAGCGAGAUUGAUUUCUAGAAAGAAAGGAGAGUGGUUCGUGCCGAGUAACGUAUAA